GCCAGCCUUCAGCCAGUCCAAUCGCGCUAUAGUGCAGGGUACCUGUAGUGGUUCAGUUCAAAAUGCUCCUCUCACGCCUCCUCCCUCUCGCCCUAUCCCUAGCGGGCACGACUCUCUCCGCCGUAAUCCCAGAGACAGACUACGAUGUCAUUGUUGUCGGCGGUGGUCCGGCAGGUCUCAGCGUGCUGAGCGGCCUCGCUCGUGUUCGACGGAAGGCAGUCGUCUUUGACUCGGGUCACUACCGCAAUGAUCCCACGCGGGAGAUGCACGAUGUCAUUGGAAACGACGGGACACCACCCGCAGUCUUUCGUGCCGCUGCCCGCUCGCAGAUUUCCAAUUACAGCACAGCCUCCUUCAUCGACAACGAAAUCACCUCAAUCGUCCCUGUAAACAACACGAACCUGACGACUUUCUUCCGCGCAACGGACAGCACAGGCGCCGAGUACACGGCUCGCAAAGUCGUGCUCGCUACGGGCGUCGUCGAUAUCCUGCCCUCGACUCCCGGUCUGAUCGAGGGUUUCGGAAAGGGCAUCUUCUGGUGUCCCUGGUGUGACGGAUACGAGCACCGCGACCAGCCUUUUGGGAUCCUCGGAACUCUCCCGCAUAUCGUGUCCAGCGUACUUGAGAUCUCGACACUGAAUAGCGAUAUUAUUGCGUUUGUGAAUGGCUCGUACACGGAUGAGUAUGUCUCGGCUCUGGAGGAAGACUACCCCGACUGGCAGGCACAGAUGGCCGCGUACAAUGUCUCGAUCGAUAACAGAACAAUCACCUCCUUCGAGCGCAUGCAAGACGGUGGUGAGAACCGGAAUGACGUUGGCCAGCAAUUCGAUAUCUUCCGUGUGCAUUUCACAGAGGGCGAGCCCGUUGUGCGGAACGCAUUCCUGACGAACUUUGAGACGGCGCAGCGGUCGAGUCUUCCCUAUGAUCUUGGGCUGGUGAUGAAGGAUGGAAAAAUCGAUACGAGUAUCAACCCCGGCAUGAGGACUAGUCGUGCGGGUGUUUUUGCUGUCGGCGAUGCGAAUUCCGAUGGGAGCACGAAUGUGCCGCAUGCUAUGUUUAGUGGGAAGCGUGCAGCUGUCUUUGGACAUGUUGAACUGGCUCGAGAGGAGAUGGCUGCUGCCAUAUCAAAGCGUUCCCUGUCAACAAGGGCACUCCACAAGGAAGCUGAGAGGGCGAUGGGUAAUGAAUUGGAGACACUGUGGGAGAAGGUUAAUGCUUAAUUUACCUCUGCUACCUGUUUAUACAUGAGUAGCUGGUUUUUACGGCGAUGGCCAUGACUCCGUGUCGCCGAACUUAAUGCUUAAAAUGAGAUAAUAUCAAUUUAAUAUCUGUAAUACUCACAGCUUCUCGGAUGUAUUACGUUGACUAAUCCAUUAACUAUCAAGACGCAUUAUGGUAACUAACAUAUCAUGCGCAGAUGACUGAGCCAGAUCGCUCACCCAUCACCACCCAGUCACCAAACCAACAAAGGAAUAUAGCAAACGGAUCAAUUCCCUAUUCAACUUCUUCUUCCUCCUUACUCGUAGCCAAGAAGAACCGUCCCUUCGGCUUUCCAGGCUGCUCGUACUCAACCGUCAACCGAGCUAGAUGACCCAAAAGAUUUUCAAUCUUCAGGUCUCCUUUGUCACGCUUCGAUCGGCCUAGAUCAUCCAGCCACUUGAAUCGGUUCAGCAUGAAGUAUACCAGUGCGAUCACGAUCUCAACACCCAGCGAGUAGCCCCAGACUCGGACCACGGUAACGAUAUCUGUCCAACCGUUCCUGGUCUCCACGAAAGAGGUUUUUGGGUUCGUGGGCAUGGUUUCAUUGCUAAACCAUCCAAACAAGCAGAAUAUUGUUGCUAGGACAUCAACGCCGAGGAUAGCAGUGACUAAAUGGAUGGAUGGCCAUGUGUCCAUGCCGCGGGUGACAAAGAUGAGCCAAUUCUCUGUGAGCGCAA